AAUGCACCCAGCCCGGCGGGUCCUGGUGUUCAGAGCUUCACUUCCUGCCUGGCUUUCCGGCCCGCGCUGCGUCUGCAGCUGCCCGAUGGCGUGGACCAGGGAGCGACGACACUUCACGGGGCCUGCGAGGGAGAGGAGCCGACAGAGCGUCGUGUCUACCAAGAAGGACGUUGUAGACUCGCAGGCCGAGGCUGGUUGAGCCACGCCACGUUCACACCCUGAACGCUGCUUCCCACACCAUCAAACCACGGGACUCUUCCCUGGGAUACGUCGCUUCAGCUCUUUCCACAGAUUUUCUGUAACUUUGCUGAUAACUUCCAUCACGAGGAUCUGGCAGAUGGAGUCAAAUUUUACCUACAAAACUCAUGCACGGCCGGGGAACAGGGCUGACGCCGGUGCCAAAUCAACAAACCUGAGAAGCUGGACAAGCCUGAGAGCUGUGAUAAUGUUAAGGUUGUUGUCCGAUGCAGACCUUUAAAUGAACGUGAGAAAGCAAUGGGCUACAAGAUGGCAGUUAAUGUGGAUGAGAUGAGGGGAACGAUCACUGUUCAUAAAACAGACUCUUCCAAUGAACCUCCAAAGACGUUUACAUUUGAUACAGUUUUUGGACCAGAGAGUAAACAGCUUGAUGUCUAUAACUUAACUGCAAGGCCAAUUAUUGACUCUGUUCUGGAAGGAUAUAAUGGCACCAUUUUUGCAUAUGGGCAGACUGGAACAGGCAAAACUUUUACCAUGGAGGGUGUCCGAGCAGUUCCUGAACUUAGAGGAAUCAUUCCCAAUUCAUUUGCCCAUAUAUUUGGUCACAUUGCAAAGGCAGAGGGGGACACAAGAUUUUUGGUCCGAGUGUCUUACUUGGAAAUUUACAACGAGGAGGUGCGUGACCUGCUAGGGAAAGACCAGACACAGAGGCUGGAGGUUAAAGAGAGACCUGAUGUGGGCGUUUACAUCAAAGACCUUUCAGCUUAUGUUGUCAAUAAUGCAGAUGAUAUGGACAGAAUCAUGACACUAGGCCACAAAAACCGUUCUGUUGGUGCCACUAACAUGAACGAGCACAGCUCCCGCUCCCAUGCUAUCUUCACUAUUACCAUUGAGUGCAGCGAGAAAGGGGUCGAUGGAAAUAUGCACGUUCGCAUGGGCAAGUUGCACCUGGUAGAUCUUGCUGGGUCAGAAAGACAAGCAAAAACUGGAGCUACAGGGCAACGACUGAAGGAAGCUACAAAAAUUAACCUGUCGCUUUCUACCCUGGGAAAUGUUAUUUCUGCACUGGUGGAUGGCAAGAGUACUCAUGUUCCCUACCGUAACUCUAAACUGACUCGACUUCUGCAGGACUCCCUGGGGGGGAACUCAAAGACCAUGAUGUGUGCAAACAUUGGUCCAGCAGACUACAAUUACGAUGAGACAAUCAGUACGCUCCGAUAUGCCAAUCGUGCCAAGAACAUCAAGAAUAAGGCCAGAAUUAAUGAAGAUCCCAAGGAUGCCCUGCUCCGUCAGUUCCAAAAGGAAAUAGAAGAGCUCAAAAAAAAACUGGAGGAAGGGGAAGAAAUCUCUGGCUCUGAUAUCAGUGAUUCUGAAGAGGAGGAUGAAGACGAUGAGGGGGAGAUUGGAGAGGAUGGGGAAAAACGAAGAAAACGAAGGGGCAAGAAGAAAGUUUCUCCUGAUAAGAUGGUAGAGAUGCAAGCAAAGAUUGACGAAGAGAGAAAAGCACUUGAAACCAAGCUCGACAUGGAAGAGGAAGAGAGAAACAAAGCCAGGGCAGAACUGGAGAAGAGAGAAAAGGAUCUGCUGAAAGCUCAACAAGAGCACCAGUCCUUGCUGGAGAAACUGUCAGCCCUGGAGAAGAAAGUGAUUGUGGGAGGGGUGGACUUGCUGGCAAAAGCUGAGGAGCAGGAAAAACUUCUUGAGGAAUCUAAUAUGGAGCUUGAAGAACGAAGGAAAAGAGCAGAGCAGCUUCGCAAGGAGCUUGAGGAAAAAGAGCAAGAGCGCCUGGAUAUUGAGGAGAAGUACACCAGCCUGCAGGAGGAAGCACAGGGCAAGACCAAGAAACUGAAGAAAGUCUGGACUAUGUUAAUGGCUGCCAAAUCUGAGAUGGCAGAUCUGCAGCAGGAACAUCAGAGAGAGAUUGAAGGGUUGCUGGAGAAUAUUCGACAGCUGAGCAGGGAGCUGCGCCUUCAGAUGCUCAUCAUAGAUAACUUCAUACCUCAGGACUACCAGGAAAUGAUUGAAAACUAUGUUCACUGGAAUGAAGAUAUUGGAGAAUGGCAGCUGAAAUGUGUCGCAUAUACAGGAAACAACAUGAGAAAACAGACUCCAGUCCCAGAUAAAAAGGAAAAAGAUCCUUUUGAGGUGGACCUUUCCCAUGUUUAUCUAGCUUACACUGAAGAGAGCCUCAGACAGUCUUUAAUGAAACUAGAAAGACCAAGAACUUCAAAAGGAAGAUCAAGGCCUAAAACUGGGAGAAGAAAACGUUCUGCAAAGCCAGGAGCUGUAAUUGAUUCUCUGCUUCAGUAGGCAGCACAGAUUCAGGAUGGAAGUAAAGAUCAAUGCAUGUUGUAUGUCUUGGCCCAAAACCACAGCUCAUUGGAAAUAUUGAGGAAUUUGCGCAGCAUGAUACAAAGGAGGCUGUGACACUGUCUUAUGGGUAUGGAGCUCUUUUUCAAAACAAAUGAAUUUUUUUCCCCGUAACUACCAUUAUACUGUAUGUUAUAUUAACAUAAUGUUAAACCAAUAUCUACGGUGGUUGUGAAAUUGUCAAUGUAUUGUACAGUUUGUCGUGCAGGGAAGCUCUUGGCAGUAACCCUUGUUGAAAUGUAUAGAAGGCACGCACAUUAGGUAUGUGUUUCAGUGUUACAAUAUAUUAGCUCAGUAUGUUUGAUAGAGUCCUGACCUUUUAAAUCCUGGUGAACCUGUUUAAAGUCCUGCUUUGCACAUAGAAACUGGCAGCUUACACUGUUGUCCUGUGUUGCACUGUUACGUAUAUUUGAAUGUGGUGGCUGCAAAUCCAUAAUAUAACUAAAGCAGAACACUGAAUCCCUUCCUUAGCUUUGUAAAUACUCUGUGAUUGUAGCUGUUACAUGUGUGUCAUACACAAAACAGAUUUUCUUUCUGUUACAUUAGCAACUAAGACAUAUGUAGUCGUACUGUAUAUUGUUGCAGAUAGGGCAGCUUUUUUAAAAACCUGAACUGUGCAAAUCCAGGACCUUCUGGCAAGGGACCAUGUUUUGCUGAUGUGCAAAUGAGAACCAACCUGUUUCAGUUCCGUUUUAUAUUACGUACUGUUACGCUUUUAUUUUUCCUGUGUGAUCUCACACAGUCGAUUGGCAUCUUGGAGGAUGGUCACAACUGAGGUCAGUGCAAGAGAACAAAUCCUUCUCAUAAAAAAAAAAAAAAAGUUUCUUUGCAUUGUGGCCUUGGCCACACUACAGUUGCAGCGGGGGAACGUGUUUAAUUGGUCCCUUGCAUUAUUUUGUUACUUGCUCUGCUGUCAGUCUGGAUGGAAAAGGUGGAUGCCCCGGGGGGUGAAAUGGAACACGGCAAACAUGUAAUGCUGCUUGAGUCUAGGCAUGGCUGGAGCUCAGCUGACCACAGUUGAUCCAAAACAUGUAGAGCCUGUGCUCCUACAUUUGUCCAUGUGCCUGUGUAGACUAAGCAAUCUUUUUUCUCCGUUAUGCUAAGAGGAAUGGAGGCUGCUGCCUUUCAAAUAAGUCUUUUGCAGUGGCUGCUGUUGCCUUGCAAGUCCAGUUGUUCCUUUUGAAAGUUGUGCUGCUGCUAAAUCUGAACAUUUUAAUAUAUUGCUCUUGUCAUGUGCAAAUAACUAGUGCUGGGAUGCAGUGGUUGCAGCAGUCUUAAAGCUUCCUAAGCCAGGAUUGUCUUAAAUGUCUGUAUCUUCAGUGCAACUUUAUAAAGUUGCCUAGAGAGCGAAAGCUGCAAUUGCUGCCAUGAAACAUAAAAGCCCCUAAAAGUAACUGAACAACAGCUAGCACAAUCAAAGCUCAGGUGUAACAAACUUGUUCUAGUAACAAGCUUUGCAGUUGCUUUGUUCUUGAUGUGGAAAACUGUCAGAAGCCUCAAAUCACCAAUGUGUCCAUGGUGUCAUCUUAGUACUUGGUGGCCUUGCUGGAUGCAUCAUGGAGCACUUUUAUGAGAGCUGUUAGUAGCAACUAAAAUUUGAUCUCACAAGGACAUAUUUAACUUGAGCUAAAUUCAGUGGCCUUCUAGGUAAGCUCAGUUAGCCUGGACUUGUUGUCUUGUUAAAUAAUAAAUUAAAACUCAUUGGUCAAAGGAGGAUCAAAACACUUUGGAGCUUAAUAUCUUCACAAAACCAUAAACCAAAUGAGCACUUCCACUGUGAAUCAAGUAGCCUCAAACACUACCAAAAAUUGUGAUAUUUGUAACACUGCUUGGCCAACCUACCAAAACUGAACUAAACUUAGAUAAUGGAACUGGGAAAGGAUGAGUACAUUUAAAAAAAAAAAAUCCUUUUCCCCUUAAAUAUAACUGUGUGAUAAUAUGAAAUUAAAUUAAAAAUAUUGCAUUAUUGCACAAAUUGCAUUUACAGAGCCAAAAUUUGAAAUGUAAACGAGGGCAGCAAAAUUGUUUCAUCAUUGCAAGGCCUGUCUUUCUUUAAAAACAAGAACAAAAAAACCCACACUACUUUUAAGCUAAGCUCAUUAUGCUGUGUCAAUUUGAAUCCACUACUUAACUUUAUAGAAGAGUUCAGUGAAACUUUGGCACUGCUUUUUAUUUAUUUAUUUAUUAUAACACCAUUUUUAAAAAGAGGGAGCAUCUCAAGUGCUUGCUCUGUUUUAAGGUGCUCCUGCAUCUUGUUUUAUUUCUUCACCAAAAAAAAAAAAAAGCUUUGGGAUUUUUAAACCAAUCUUACUGCUGUAAGCCGACGCAAACUUCUGAAAACAACAGAGUUGUCUGACAGUCUUACAAGCUAAAGGACUGAAAAGGGACCAUAACAGCCCAAAAGCUGCAGCAGUGAUCCCACUCACUCCUGCCAAGGGAAAGGACUUUGCAGCUCCGCAAGGCCCAAGCUCCAGGCGAGCUCCUGGUUCUAGCUGCACCAUGUAGCGCUGUGGCUCGGGCCAGUUCUGUAGGAGCUGAAGUUACUUGGUGAUUUUGUAAUAGAAGAGAUCCCGCUGUGGCUACAGGAAGCAGCAAUGAAGGAGAGCUUUGAGGUUUUUUUUCCCUGUGUGGUACUCUUUGAAUAUGACCUUAAUUGUUAGGUAGACGCACACGUUUCGGGCUUAAAGACAUCCAGACUACCCCUACCAAAAUGACAGUCGACUCUAAAUAUAUGUGCAUUAACAAUUUGAUACGAGGUGUGAAUUCCCAUCUCUCUAAGAAAGAGAUACCAGCUAUAGUUAAGAGGCAGUUAGCUUUUUUUAAGCAAAUGAUGCAAGCUUCCUCUCCUCCCAGUCCGUAAAUAAAAUCAGUGCUCUCUGGGACAGGCUCGCUGCCUGGGAUUUUGUCACAACUUUAGUUUUGGAGGAAAAACAUACCUGCUAUUAAUAAAAAAAACAUGAAGAAGAAAUGAAAUCCCUUAAGCAGGUUCAAGUUUUAGUACCUUGGAGACUUAAUUGUUCUUUUAAAGUUUGAGUGUUCGGCUUGGUUUAUAGGCCUUGUUCUAAAAAUAUACAGAUCUGGUCUGUGGGUUUACCACAUAACCCUACCCUGUAGCCCUGCACAAAGACUUGUCCAUAAUUAAUUGUAAAAUGUGUUUUUAAAUUAAUUUUAGGUGAUAAUGCUGUUCUGAUCUCAGUUCAGUCCUUGCUUCUAUAGUAGUUACUUAACUCCUGCUCUUUGUGUGUGCAACUCCUUUUUCUCCCUACCAAAGGGCCACAUCAGUUCAGAAAUGUUGACUUGAACACUACAUUUUCCUGAGUCUCUGUCAGUUUGUCACAUUCUUAACAUUACAAUAUAACAUAUUUUAAUUUUUCCUGGUUCUGGGGUUGCUAGAUGAAGGGGGGGGGAAAUCUUCCUUAGUGCCUUUCACUAACUUACACUAUAGUAUGUAUGCUAAAUGUAUAGCUAUUUCUGUUUUGCCAAUUCUGUACAUAGACAAAAAUGCUAGUUGUACAAUUUGCUCUCUAUUUAUUGGUUUGCUAACUUUGUUGGAAGUAAGGUUUUAAUUAUUAAUUGUACUUUUAUGUAUAAAUUGUAUUCACUCGUAUAUAACAGUAUUGUGUGUCUAUGUGCAGCAUGUUCAUGCCAGGAAAUAAACAUCUCAAAUCCUGUUUA